AUGUAUGAAGAAGAUAGCACCACGGAUACACCGCCGCUCGGAGCCACAAGUCUCCACAUUGUUUGCGUCCACCACGACCUCAACAUGGUCAAACGCCUCAUCGCUUCAGGCUACAACAGAAUCUCGAGAAAUUCCGAGGGACGGAAUGACGCAGAAGGAAGACUUGCGCCCUUCACAGCCAUGGAGCAUGGACACGACUUCUUCGCCGAAUACCUUGUCGCCCGUGGUCUUAAAGUCGAGCUCCAGACGGCGAGCUACCUCGAAACACCGCUCCACUUCAUUACAAACGCCCCGAUAGUGCACCGGCUGGCCAUUGUCCAAUUUCUUUGCGAAACCGGGGCAUCCAAAGGCACCCAAAACGCCCACGGCAGCACGAUUGCUCCCAUUGUCUUUCAAUAUGGACACCCAGAUUCACCGAAUUUCCUGCAAUACCUAAUCCUGUCCGAGGAAUGGCGCCUCAGAAUCCGGGACUAUCUCGGACGAACCCCUAUCCAUGUCACCGCUAUUUCAGGCCACCUGUCCGUGAUUGGAAUGUUGGGCAGCGUGGCUAACGCCGAGAUUCUGACCAUCACCGACCAACGAGACAGUCUUAUGGCAGUCGACUAA